AUGGCCUCAGCAGCCUUCCUUUCCCUUAUAGAUGAAUUUAUUUACUUGGUCAAUCAGGUAAAUUUUCACCUUCCUUAUGUUCAAAAAGUAGUACAGCCCAUUUUCGAGGAAUUCUCUGUUGUCCAAGCUUCCAUUAAAGGUGUAGAGGAGGAUACUGUGGAGUACUGGAACUUGGUGAAGGAAUUUGAGGAAAUAGUUCGCAAAGUAAAAACUGUUAUAGUGAACCACGCACGCCGGAGGAGGAAGACGGUGUUUAAGAGAUAUGCCUUACAUAACAGAGUUGGCCGAACACACUUGGCCUCGGAGAUACAAAAAUUGCGUGGCAAGCUUGCGAAAUUGACUGGCCGUGUAUACUCCUUAAGAAACAACAAUGCAGCAGCAGGGGAAAGUUCUCAGCAGGAACAUAGAAAUCAAGUAACAGGGGAAGAGUUAUCACCCCAUCCUAGGGGGAAGCAGCUCUCAGAUUGGAUACGCUCUUCUGCUUAUUAUGAUGAAACAGAGGACAAAAAAACUAUCAUUGGCUUAAAGCAUCAUAUGGAGUUACUAAAAGCACGGCUAUUGAACAAGAAGAAAAAUCAACUAAGUGUUAUCUCUGUUUUUGGGAUCCAAGGCAUUGGAAAGACAGUUUUAGCAUGGGAGGUUUACAAAAGCAGUGAUGUGGAUAACCAUUUUCCUUGUAAAGCUUGGGUUUGUCUAUCUGCUGUGGGAAAUCAUGAUAAGGGAGUGAUUUUGAAGAAAAUUGGCAAACAAGUUAUGAGACUCCAAGAAGAUCAAGAGACAACUGAUGAUGGUCAUGAAGGAGGAUUGCAGAAGAGGCUGUGUGAAUUCUUGAGAGAUAAGAAGUAUCUUAUAGUCAUUGAUGAUGUACCUGGUUCCAAAGUCUGGCAUGAUCUGAAAGAAGCAUUUCCAAAUGGACAAAAUGGGAGCAGAAUAAUGCUCACAACCCGCAAGGCGGAGGUUGCUUGCCUUGCCGAUUCAGAAGGCAUUCCUCACCGGGUAUGGGUCCUAAGUGCAGGAGAUAGCUGGGAGUUGUUCACAAGAAAGGUGUUCAUAGCUCCCUGCAGGCAAGUAAGCAGUACUGAUGCAUGUCCUUCUACCAGUACUACUCAUAACAUGAAGCACUUGUGCAUCCCUCCUCAAUUGGAUGCCAUAGGAAGAAAGAUGGUGAAAAAAUGUAAGGGUAUACCACUGUUAAUUGUUGGAUUGGUAGAUCUAUUGUCAAGUAGACCUGCUAAUGUUAGCGAAUGGUCAAGUGUACUUCAUGGUGCAGAUAUGCGUGUCAUUGCAGAUGAUGCCGCCCAUCGGUGGCUUAAUCUAUCUGGCUUCCUUGAUAACAUGAUAUCUACACAUGUGAAACAGGGGCUUCCUUACCUUCGGGGGCUCUUUCCAACUGAUGAGAUUGACAUCCCUGCAAGGAGGUUUAUUUUGUCAUGGGCUGCAGAGGGCUUAUUCUUUGGACAGAGAUAUGGUGAAUUUGCAGAGGAAGAAGUCGCAAAUGACUGUCUGCAACAGUUGCUACACUUCGAUAUAAUUCAAACAGUAAAACUGAGCUCCAACGGAAAUGCGAAGACAUGA